AUCGAUACUAUAGCAACAUUUUGAAACAACCGCUGGAUUUAACAAAGAAAAGUUAAGAAUAAAGAUCAGUGGCCAGGUACAGACACCUGGAUGAAUUUGAAAGUAAAAGUAAUUUUGUAGAUACAAAGUAACCAGAAAAUUAUAGGGUACAUUGUACGGUGAUUUGCGCUGAUAGAUGUAUUAUUAUUUAUUGCAAACAUUAGACCCGGUAAAAAUAGGGGUAAGUCAAGUCUGAUUUUAUUUUUAACUAAAGCAUUACGUAAUUGCGGAAAAGUAGUCGAUACAGAAGUUUCAAGAACUGAAGAAGUAGUUUACCUUGAGUCAGUUGAGUCUGUGGCUGGCGAAGACCAAGACAGCAGUACAAAGAUGACUUAUAUUUACAUAGGUACCUAAGUGUACUGUUAUAUACAGGUCUUUGUGUUUAGUUUUGAGUUCGCUGUACACAACUGGUUUUGUUACAGAAAUAAUAAAUAUGAGAUUCUAUAAUGAAAAAUGUCGUCACUAAACGAAAGAAAUAUAAAAGAUGUGCGCGACAUAUGGAACACAGGCCUGGACUCAGACAAAGAAAACCCAAAAAUACCAAUCGACAAUAACAUAGAUAAUAGAACGAAGCACAAAUACAAAACCUUAGAACGGCACCUGAGCAUGAAAAAAACGAUAAGAAGAAAAAUGAUGAGAGAUCUCAGAGAAAUCGGUGAUGCCCAAGCCGAGGACGCCGCCCAAAAUGAGACUGGAUUUUUAGAACAAAUCAGGAACGAUCAACCUGCACCUGCUAACGUAGACAAACCCAGUUUGUGGAAGAGGUUAACUAAAGGAUGGGGGCACUAACUGGAAGUAAUACAAAUUGUUUUCAUAUGGCUUAAAGGCUUUUAAAUAAUUGAAAUAUCAAAAUUUGUUGUGAUUGCAGAGUUAUGGAUGAAAACUGUCGUAGUUCCAAAGUACAUAUCAAAUUUAUUGCAAGCUGUAAUAUAGAUUCUUGGUAUAGUUCUAAUAUACAGUGAGGAGGAAUUAAAUAUUACCCCCUGUAAAGUACGUUAGUUGAAACAAAGGUGAAUAAAAUAAGCCAGGGAUCAUCAGUUUUUAUUUUAAUCAAGGCUUUAUAUGACAAACAAGUUUUAUGACAGCCAGUCCCCCAAUUUUUUAAAUAGCACGAGGCACUUCAUUUAAAG